AACCACUUCUUUCUCACCUUCCCUCAUCCUUCUAUCUACAUUGGCCAACUUUCAUAUAGUAUUACACAACUACUUGAUAUUUUGUUUUUCAUUUUGCUUUAUUUUUAAACAUGUUACUUAGAAGCUUCUCUGCUCCAAUUCUAAGUUCACUAUUACUUUCUAAAUUCAACGAACCUUAUCUUGAGCUAGAACAUACUCUUAAGCUUCCUAGAACAAUAUCACUUUUAAGUCUAAGCCAAAACAAGACUAAGAUAGAUCUUAAAAACUUUUCAAGUCCUAAGAAAACAAUUUCCAUAGAAAGAAAGGAAGUGAACGAGGGUAAGAUGGUGCAAACUUCAAUGAUGGGUGGUGGGAUGAAGAAUAAUGGUGGAUGUAAAGGUGGUGGAAGAGGAUCAGAUGGUGGAAAUGGAAGAGGUUGGAAUCUCAACGAAGGAAAUAAUCAUGGUAGAGAUAAGAUAGAUUCUUAUUACCAAAACAUGAUUGAAACACACCCUUUUGAUGCUCUUUUGCUUGGAAAUUAUGCUAAAUUUUUGAAGGAGGUUCGUGGAGAUUAUAUUAAAGCAAAGGAGUAUUUAGAAAGGGCAAUUAUGGCAAAUCCUGGUGAUGGUCAUAUUUUGUCCAUCUAUGGAGAUUUAAUAUGGCAAAUAGAGAAGAAUGCUGCUCGAGCUCAACAAUAUUUUGAUCAAGCUAUUCAAAAUGACCCGAAUGAUUGCUAUGUCUUGGCUUCAUAUGCAAAUUUCCUUUUGGAUGCUGAAAAUGAAGAAGAAAAAGACUAUCAAAUUGAAUCUGAUCAGAGCCAUCACUUUCAAGAAACUAAGCACUUCUCUCAUUUAACUACAGCCUCAGGAUUGUGAAUGUUUGGAAGAAGAUAGUAAUGAUUCAAAAAAUAAAUUCUUUGAAGAGAAGUAAAGGGAGAUUCUAAGAUCUCUUUGGAUGGUUAAUUUAGACCUUUUGACAAAAUGGAGAUGAGGAUUGAUUAGAAGUGCUUCUUUGGUGUGAUUAAAGGUUCAUUCUCAAAGUUAUGAACAUUUUAUGAUGAUACAUUGUUUAUUUUCAAAGGAAGAUCAAUUUUCAUCAUUGAUACAGGUUAAAAUCUUCUUCAUUACUUAUUCAAAAUUCUAUAUUAUUCACUAAGUGUUACUGAUCAUUGUACUUAUGAGAAAAUGGUGUGCUUUCUCUUAUUUGUUGUAAAAUUAAAAGGUAGUGUGCCUUUGUGAUUGUGUUAGAUAGUUAAGAGAGUCUAAUUGAUCGACUGUAACAUAUCUGAGAUAGUAAAAUCUUGGACGCGGUGUGAGUGGACUGAAGUACUCUUGUUUGAAAAGAGGAACCAUGAUAUAUCGUUGUGUUUUUUACUUUCUGUACUUAAUUUCAGCAUCUUUACUUUUACAUCAGAUCUGAAAAAUUAAAAACAUAAUUGUUAAUGAUACCAUUCGAGAAAAUUUCAAUAAUAUUAAUUAAUCUAAUUCCCCCUCUCUUAAUUAGAUACAUUUCAUAUUUACACGUUGUACUAUUGUAAAUUGUAUGGUAGUUAACUACAUCAUCAACAUAUGUAUUCUCAGUGGAAUGAGAAGCAUCAAAGGCACCAUCAACAAGUUUGACAUGAUAAGUAUAAUAUUCUUGUUCAUAUUGCUUGUACCUCCCACAAAGUAUUUUGAGGUGAAGAUUUUUAUUUUAACAGUAGCUGCAAGAGACACUUGAUAGGAUGAGGAAACUAUGUUACUCUUGGUGAUUGUACUACAAGACAAAAAUGUAUUGAGAGGAAGAUGACUAGUGUCUGCACUAUGAUGCAGAAUGUUGAAGAACAUGCUCCAGACAUCAUGAAUGAUAUUUUAGAUACAAAAACUAUUCUAUGGCACAAAAAGUUUGGGAGUACAGAAAAAUUUGUUGCAUAUAAAUUUGUCAUAUGUAUGUCUGGUCUCAAAAUUGAAAAAGGUAGAAUUUAUGACAUGUGUAAAGUUUGGAAGCAAUCCAAAAUAUCAUAUAAGAUGCUUCAACAUCUUACUUGUGUUUCUGAAUUAUUAAUUAUGGACUUUAUGAGACUCAUACUAAGGGUUUUCAUCGAAGGGAAGACAGGUGGUCAAGUCGGAUGUCCUCACAAUAUUGAACAAC